CAUGUAUAUUUUUUUACCUAGAUUCUUGUCAAUUGUUUCCUUGAAUGCUGUAUUAGCAGUUUAAUGACAAGACUCACAGGAUUAUUAUUGUAAAUUAACUUACAUUAGCAAUAAAAUGAUCAAAAGAAGUGCCACAAAACAGAAAUAAAAAGCGUAGCCCGGUAAAUUGUGCAAGAAAAAUCGUAAAGCGCUUUGCUCGAAGAGGUAUUGCUACUCUUGUUCAUGUAUAUAUAUAGAAUCAUCGUAAAAUUUGUAGUAAUUUAUUCUCUUAAAUUUAUUUAUUUUAAAGUUAAAACACGUUAAAAUAAGAUUAAGAUAACACAAUUAAGAUAGGGUACAGCUGAAAAGUUAUCAAGAUUUAUAGUAAAUUGCUGAAAAACCACGUAAAAAAAUAAUUUGCAUCUUAGAUUUACGACACAAAACCAUUAAACAUGGAAGACUCGCAUUGCAAAACAUCCGAAGAAGUGUUGAAAUUCUUCAACACAAAUGAUGAAUUAGGAUUAACACCAGAUCAAGUCAAACAAUAUCAAGCUAAAUAUGGACCUAAUGAACUUCCAGCAGAGGAAGGCAAAUCAAUAUGGCAAUUAGUGCUCGAACAGUUUGACGAUCUUUUAGUUAAAAUUUUGUUAUUGGCUGCUAUUAUUUCAUUUGUAUUAGCUCUUUUUGAAGAACAUGAGGGUAUUGAAGCAUUCGUAGAACCAUUUGUAAUUUUACUUAUUUUAAUUGCUAAUGCUGUCGUCGGUGUGUGGCAAGAACGUAAUGCAGAAUCAGCUAUUGAGGCCCUUAAAGAAUACGAGCCCGAAAUGGGUAAGGUUGUUCGUCAAGACAAAAGCGGUGUCCAAAAGCUCCGCGCCAAGGAAAUUGUUCCAGGUGAUAUCGUUGAGGUGUCAGUCGGUGACAAAAUUCCAGCUGAUAUUCGUUUAAUUAAGAUCUACUCAACCACAAUUCGUAUUGAUCAGUCAAUCUUGACUGGUGAGUCAGUAUCCGUUAUUAAGCACACAGAUGCCGUUCCAGAUCCACGCGCUGUCAAUCAAGACAAAAAGAAUAUCUUGUUUUCUGGUACUAACGUUGCUGCUGGUAAAGCACGUGGUAUUGUUAUUGGUACAGGAUUAAACACAGCUAUUGGUAAAAUUCGUACUGAAAUGUCAGAAACUGAGGAAAUUAAGACUCCAUUGCAACAAAAGCUUGACGAAUUCGGUGAACAAUUGUCAAAGGUCAUCUCAAUCAUUUGCGUUGCUGUCUGGGCUAUCAACAUUGGACAUUUUAACGAUCCAGCUCAUGGUGGUUCAUGGAUUAAGGGAGCUAUCUAUUAUUUCAAAAUUGCCGUUGCUCUUGCCGUCGCUGCUAUUCCAGAAGGUUUGCCAGCUGUCAUUACAACAUGUUUGGCUUUAGGUACACGUCGUAUGGCCAAAAAGAAUGCUAUUGUUCGUUCAUUGCCAUCCGUUGAAACUCUUGGUUGCACAUCCGUUAUUUGCUCAGAUAAGACUGGUACAUUGACAACAAAUCAAAUGUCUGUUGCACGCAUGUUUGUCUUUGACAAGAUUGAAGGAAAUGACAGUAGCUUCACAGAAUUCGAAAUAACUGGAUCAACAUACGAGCCAAUUGGUGAUCUCUUCUUGAAAGGAGGUAAAGUAAAGGCCUCAGACUAUGACAUUCUUCAGGAACUUGGAACAAUUUGCGUCAUGUGUAACGACUCAGCUAUUGAUUUCAAUGAAGUCAAACAAGCAUUCGAAAAAGUUGGUGAAGCCACAGAAACUGCUCUCAUUGUCCUUGCCGAAAAAUUGAAUCCAUUCGCCGUACCAAAGACUGGUUUGGACCGUCGUUCAGCUGCCAUUGUUGUUCGUCAAGAAGUUGAAACCAAAUGGAAGAAAGAAUUCACUCUCGAGUUCUCACGUGAUCGUAAAUCCAUGUCCUCAUACUGCACACCAUUGAAAUCAUCACGUCUCGGAACCGGACCAAAGAUGUUCUGUAAGGGUGCCCCAGAAGGUGUCUUGGAACGUUGUACACACGCUCGUGUUGGAACUAGCAAAGUCCCACUUACCUCAGCUCUUAAAAACCGCAUCUUGGAACUCACUCGUCAAUACGGUACCGGACGUGAUACACUCCGUUGCUUGGCUUUGGCCACAGGAGACUCACCAAUGAAACCAGAAGACAUGGACUUGAAUGACUCAAAUAAAUUCUACACUUAUGAAGUCAAUCUUACAUUCGUCGGUGUUGUUGGUAUGCUUGAUCCACCACGUAAGGAAGUUUUCGAUUCAAUCGUUCGUUGUCGUGCUGCUGGUAUUCGAGUUAUUGUCAUUACUGGUGAUAACAAGGCUACAGCUGAAGCUAUUUGCCGUCGUAUUGGAGUUUUCGGUGAAGAUGAAGACACAACUGGAAAAUCAUACUCAGGACGUGAAUUCGAUGACUUACCACUUCAUGAACAAAAGCAAGCCGUUGCACGUGCUCGUCUCUUCUCUCGUGUAGAACCUUCUCACAAAUCAAAGAUUGUUGAAUUCUUACAAGGCAUGAAUGAAAUCUCUGCUAUGACUGGUGAUGGUGUCAAUGAUGCUCCAGCUUUAAAGAAGGCUGAAAUUGGUAUUGCUAUGGGUUCAGGUACAGCUGUCGCUAAAUCUGCAUCAGAAAUGGUCCUCGCUGACGAUAACUUCUCAUCCAUUGUCGCUGCCGUUGAGGAAGGUCGUGCUAUCUACAACAACAUGAAACAAUUUAUCCGUUAUCUUAUUUCAUCAAACAUUGGUGAAGUCGUCUCAAUUUUCUUGACUGCCGCUCUUGGCUUACCAGAAGCUCUCAUUCCCGUUCAAUUGUUGUGGGUCAAUUUGGUUACUGAUGGUCUCCCAGCCACAGCUCUCGGUUUCAACCCACCUGAUUUGGACAUCAUGAGCAAGCCACCACGUAAAGCUGAUGAAGGCUUGAUUUCUGGAUGGUUGUUCUUCAGAUGUAUCAGCAACAACAUGUCUUGGCCAGUAUAUGAGGAACUGCCAACAAAGGCAGACGAGGAUGACAAUAUGCAUAAGGAAAAAGUAUUAUCUUUCCUCUCUUGGAUGCAAUCAGCUCCGCAAGCCUCAACGUCAUCAAAAGAAAAGAAGGCCACAACAUCAUCAGCAACAACAUCAACAUUUGCCCUUAAGCUGAAAAAGAAGGAAACUCCAAUCAUCAUUUCUGAUGAUGACGACGAUGACAUCACAGUGACAAAAGCACGAAAAAGGCAAAAAACUAUGGAUUCGUCGAGUGAUGAGGAGAUGAAAAAUGAGAAGAAGGAAGCAGCAAAAACACGGCCAACGCCUUUGUUCUCUUUCUUUGCUCUUAAAAAGAAACUUCCCGUCUCCGAAAUCCAGCAAAGACCCACAUUAAAGUCAAGAGACUUUAAUGUGCUGCAACAGUCGGAGGUGCUACAUGGUGGUUCAUGUAUAGCUCUACUGGGCCAGGGCUCUCUUUUUGGCAAUUAUCUCACCAGUAAUCUCCAAUGCAUAGGAGGAGGAGAUGACUUCAAGGGAGUCGAUUGCAAAGUUUUCUCAGCACCAGAACCAAUGACAAUGGCUUUGUCAGUUCUCGUCACAAUUGAAAUGUUGAACGCCAUGAACAGCUUGUCAGAAAAUCAAUCUCUCGUUAAAAUGCCACCAUGGACAAAUAUGUGGUUGGUCGGAUCAAUGUGCUUGUCAUUCGCUCUUCAUUUCGUCAUCUUAUACGUUGAGGUUCUUUCUGGAGUCUUCCAAGUCACACCAUUGGGUAUUGAUGAAUGGUUGGUUGUAAUGAAGUUCUCAAUUCCAGUAGUGCUGUUGGAUGAAGUGCUCAAAUUAGUAGCCAGACGAAUUUCUGAUGGUGAGAGUUAUUUGAAAACAAUGCAUUACCUAGUGUUAGUGUGGGCCGUGUUCCUUGGCUUAAUCAUUUGGGGUCCAUUUUAAAUGAACAAAAAAAAAAAAUGAUAAUGCAACAAUCAUUAAACCACAUUAAAUUAUGAUGGAUUCCAAAUAUGAAGAAAUUACUUUAGCUGAUAAACUACUUUAGCAUAAAGAAGACCCUUUGUUUUAAAUUAUUUUUGAGUACCAUUUAGUUUUUUUCUUCUUGUGAAAGCUUUACUUGAAUUUACUUUAUUCUUUUCAAACAUUUUUUUUUUCUUUCCUAAUUUAACAAUAAUUUACUACAUUUAUGAUUUUAUGUGUUUUUUGAAAGAGCUUUAUAUUUUUAUUAUUUUUUACUAAUUCUUAAACAAUUUAUUUAAAAAAUUAUGAGAAAAAUUCAAAAAUGGAAAAACAACAAUAAAAUCUCAAAAAUGUUAUACUUUGAGUAUAUAGAUAAAGAAUACCCACCACCAAAUAGAGUUCAUGAAUGGAAAAAUGAAUAAUGAAAUAAAUAAAUUAACAUACAAUUUGAUAAACAUAAAUCUGAUAGCA